UUUAUUUUUUUAUUUUCCUGCUCUGGUGAUAAAACGUCAUAAUUCCUUGACAACACAUAUUCACGAAUUGUUUCACGAGUAUAUUAAUAAGGGAGUCGCGUUUUAUCAAUCACAACAUACACAAUAGCGAUAGUGUGGGUUCAUAAUUUUCGGUGUUCAUAAAUUGCUAUUCGUUUUGUUUGUGUGUGUGUUUUACUUUUAUGUUGUAUUGUAUCGUUUAACAGACAGGUAGAAGGAACACUGUUUCAUAUAUUAACCUAACUGGUAUUUGUAAUAAUGGCUACUGUCAACUAACUUUUCUGUUAAGUGUAGAAAUACAUAUUUUGUUCUCGGUUCGUGGGAAUACUGUACUAUUAGGAAUGACAGCAUCCAUCUCAGGUGACAGCGAUCAUAAGCAAACAAUCUAGAUGACACCGCUGAUCAGCUAGCUGCUGGAUUUAAACCCGCUGCUGCGGCGUUUUCUGCAUUUCGCUGAUUGGUCUGAGCCGGGGAGAGAAAGGCAAAGCAUGAUGUGGUUUCUGUAAUGAACUGUGAAUCUGCAGUCAAGAGCAAAGCUUUAGGAGUGAAAGAUGUUUGGUGUGGCUCAGUCCUCCAAGUCCCAGUUCCUGGACAAGGCCAGGCAGGCUCGCGAGGAGAGGAAGGGGCAGCGGGAGCGGGAGAGAGCUGCCACACAGAUACAGGCUCUCAUCCGACGCUUCCUCUGCCACUGCCGCCUGCAGAAGCAAAUCAGGAGGGAGGUUGAUGAAUUCUUUGAAGGCUGUGAUGCUGGAUCUUCUAAAAGAAACGCACUUUCAAUUUUUAAAAUUGCAAGAAAAUUAUUAUUUAUAUUCAUAAUGAAAGAAGAUAAGUUGAGGUUUGAAAAAUUGUGCCGCUGCAUCCUUGGGAGCAUGGAGGUGGAGAAUGAACCCAAGGUGUGGUAUGUGUCCCUAGCACUUUCGAAAGACCUCACUCUCCUGUGGAUAAAACAGGUAAAGGACAUCCUCUGGAUAUCCUGCGAGUUCCUGAAAAAGCUAAAGCCGGACAUCCUGCAAGACAACAAGAUGGUGACCCUGUACCUCAGCAUGCUGGUGACCUUUACAGACACGAGCACGUGGAAGAUUCUCCGGGUAAAGGGAGAGGCCCUUCGGCCAGCCCUGAACCGGAUUUGUGAGAACAUUAUGGGCCAACUCAAUCAAAAGGGAUUUUAUACUAUACUGCAGAUUUUGUUAACAAAUGGACUGGCGAGAUCCAGGCCCUGUCUUUCAAAAGCCUCUUUAACAGCCAUCUUUACUUUGGCACUACGGCCUGUUAUUGCUGCUCACUUCUCUGAUAACCUGUUGAGAUCCUUGCUGAUCCACAUCAUGUCUGUCCCAGCCAUCGUCUCACACCUCCACACUCUUACACCGGAGUGCAUAGCCACUAUCCAGGCUCACGACCUCCUGCGGAAGUUCAUCCUGUUUCUGAGCAGGGAGGAGCAGUGCAGUGAUAUCUGUGUGUGCCUGGAAGGGAGCCACACACUGUGCCUUCUGGGGAACCUCAUCCACCUGGGCUACCUGACUGAGAAGGUGCUGGAGGAGGAAGCCAACCACUUUGUGAGGGACCUGACCGACAUGCUGUCCUACUGCCAGAGAUACGUCUCGCAGAAGAAGUCCAACCUCACUCACUGGCACCCUGUUCUGGGCUGGUUCUCCCAGACUGUCGACUACGGUUUGAAUGAGUCGAUGCCUUUGGUCACCAAGCAGCUGCAGUACCUGUGGGGGGUCACUGUGAUCCGAACGCUCUUCAGCGAUGUGCUGAGCAAGAAGCUGGAGAGCCAGGAGCCUGCUCAGUCAGGCGCUCAGUCAUCGACACAGCAGACCAACCUACCCGUGAAGAAUCUCUUCAAGCGCGCGUUCCAGAAGUCAGCCUCGGUGCGUAACAUCCUGAAGCCAGUGGGGGGGAGGCGUGUGGACUCGGUGGAGGUGCGCAAGGUGUGCAGUAUCUGUGUGCUGUACCAGACUGCCCUCACCACGCUCACACAGAUCAGACUGCAGAUCCUUACAGGGCUGACUUACCUGGACGACCUGCUCCCCAAGCUCUGGGCCUUUAUCUGUGAGCUGGGACCCCAGGGAGGGCUCAAGCUGUUCAUGGAGUGCCUGAACAAUGACACCAAGGAGUCCAAGAGGCUCCUGGCCAUGCUCAUGCUGUUCUGUGACUGCUCCAGGCACCUCAUCACGUGAGCCUCCAGCCCAUACUAGCCCUGUACUAACUCUACACUAACCCUAUACUAGCCCUGUACUAAUUCUACACUA